CCCCUGCAAAGUCAAUACUUGGCAUAUCUGCAUUCUUUCUGUACUGUGUGGCUGUUGCUGAGGUGUCUCUGGCCGAGGACAGCGACUGUCACUCUGAAGGAAGCUGCUGCAAACACAAAGCCGUAUUAGCGCUAGCAAUUAAUAGAGCUGAUCUUGAUUUAGCAAGUAUGAAACAGUUUAAUUUGCAUUUACGUCGCUAAUUUGUGCUUCUGCUAGUUAAAGCUCCUUGAAGCUAAAAGUUUUGCAGAAAAGCAGUAAAAACUAAAAUGUUGAACUAGUCUUUGAGGCAUCUUUAACUUGACAGUUAAUGGAGAUUUAUCUUAUUCUGUUAUGUUACUUUUUUUAAAUGAGGGAUCAAUGAAGUUCUAUUUUAAAAAAGCUAAUGUCGGCUUUAAGCUAGUUUAGCUUUAGCAAAGUGGACCUUGAGCUAAGGUUUAGCAACUAUUUUCACUUGACAGUGUAAGUGCUGAAAAAUGCAGAAAUGCUUCCUACAAGUGGAAUAAAAAGAUUUUAUGCCAGAUAUACUGCAUAUUAGAGUAUUUACUUUCAGGUGCAAACUAAUACUUCAUUUUCACGUGUCUUUACUACCUUAAUCAUUGCCAGUAUUCUAGCUGUUCCAUUCUGUUCAUAUUUUCAUUAUUAGCCCAUCAUACUUACAUCUUGUUGCUUUUCUGUUGGAAACUAUAUUUUUUAAUUUUAUUUUUUCACACUAUUAAAUAUUUUCAGUAGAGGUUUUAGUUACAAAAAGAACUAGUGUUUGCUUUAAGCUAGUUUAACUUUAGCUAAGUGGAGCUUGAGCUAAAUUUUAAAUUAUGUUAAAAUUAUUUUCACUUUUACUCGACAGUCUAAAGUGCUGAAAAAUGCAAAACAAGUUUCCUGUAAGUGGAAUUUAAAAAAAAGGCCUUAGUUCAAAGAGAAUAAUUUUUUGUUGUCUGUUAUCUUAGAUUAAAAAAAUAAAAGCAUACAAAUCUGUUUAAAGUAAAAAGUGCUGCAAAUAAUAAACAAUUUGACAAUUUAAUGUCAUUUUGCAGUAUAAAUUUUCUCAACAGUUUGUGAAAUGUCAGUUUCAGUAUCCUGUAAUAUUUCAUUUCAUGUACAGCAUGUCUGUAUUGUGCAAUAUUUUAUGUGUAAUAUUUAAUUCAAUGCACAAUCUAUCAUUUUCAUUUGUGACGUUACUAUUUUAGCUAAUUUUCAUUUUUCACUCGUAUCAUACUUACAAUUUGUUAUUUUUGUGUUGGACACUGAAACUGUUCAUGCUAUUUUUUCAUAUUAGAUUAUUGAUUAUUUUCUGAGCAAAAUCUUGCAGAACAAGUUUUAUUUAUUUUUUCAAUCCUAAAAAAGAAAGAACUUUGCUACUUUUAACUUUAAUUUAACUUCAGCUAACUGGACCUUGAGCAAAAUAUUAGUGACUGUUUUCACCUUAACUCUGACAAGUUUCACUUUGACAGUUUAAAAUAGAAUUUUUGUCGAGACUAGAAAAAACACGAAGCUUCAUAAUGAACUGAACUGAAUGAAUGUGGAUAUAAGUAGAGAGUAAUGUGGAUCAAUGUGAGCGCUGUCAGUGGAAAUCUGACAUUUUUCAAAGUACAGUAGGAGAUGUACAAAUAUAAAAUACAUCUAGAAAAAUGUAUCUAUGAAAUCAGUGGGAUCUUUAUUCUCUAGAACUAUAAAAACAAUAAAUGAUGCUGCACUUCUACAUAUUCUACAUUGCAGAACAUAAAAGAGUAACAGCUUAAAGUAGAGUAAAGGUGCAGAUAUUACAUUAUAUUUUUUAGAUAUUUGGAAGGACACAUGCAGCUCUCAGCAAGAUGGAUGUCUGUAAUGAUGCAAAGCAGUUUCCCAUAAUGAGGAAGGAUUUACACCCAAUUAUCUCCUGUCAUCAGCUACAAUCUCGACUGUUCUCCAGAUGGUCACAUUAUUUUAGCCCUAAUUCAUUUAAACUUUUAAUUAUAGCAGCUUAAAGUUAAAAUAUAAACAUUUUUAUGAGAAAAAUUUACCUAAGACGGUCAGUUCCCAACACCAACAUCAGGGUCUCCUGACACCUUGGAGUAAGCUAAGCUAAGCUAAUAAGGCUUUAUUGAAUGCUGUUCUGGAAAUUAAUGUGCGUUUUUUCAUUAAAGAAAACAGCAAAAGGACAAAAUUAAGAAGGUAAUCUUGCUUUAUUUUGCUUUUGUUCCAAGUUUUUCAGCUCUGUGUACCAGAAUAUAUAAUAAAGUAAUAAAAACUGACACUCUCCAGUCAUUGUAAUAAUAAACAGCUAGAAUUUAUUGCCAUAGGAGUAGAACUACUUCUUAAUUCUUCUUUCUAGGGCCAUCAUUCUGCUUGUGAUGCAUUUAUUUGCGACAUUUUUCAUUCUGACGGCGUGCAUUGUGUUAUUAUAUCGUCUGUUUAUGUUCUCGUACUGAUUUAGAUGAAGCCGUCUCGGUGAUCGGUGAGUUUUUCAGACUGGUAGCUGUUGUGUUAGCGCUGUUGGUGGGUGUUUGUACCUGAAAUCCGACCUGCGCUGCCGUUCUGCUUAUUUCAGUGCCUCUAAAUAAGCACCGGCAGACCCUCGACGCUCGGCCUCAUUGAGUUUGAAUGAAACUCUGGAGAAUUUUUUUUUUUGGCACGUUUCGAAGUGUGUGACACUUUGUGAGAUAUUUGCCGGAGUCCCUCCUGUUUCCUGUCCCCAACUCUCCAACUGUUAUGUUAAGUAGCGGGCCUGCUUUCUGUCCGCUGCUCUCUCCUCCUUGGGUUUCAAUUCCAAACAUGGUUAUCCUUGUAGGGUUCCAUUGACGCCCCCCGCCUCCUAUCUCCUCCAGCUGUUGGCAGGCCGGCGGUGGAAGAAACAGACAGUAGAAGCACAGCAAGAAAGACGACAAGAAGCAACCCAUUCCAGCUGUGUUUAACUGAGCCGUGAGAACUUUCUCCCAUUGAAGAAUUUUCCGCUGCAGGCCAAAGGAACAAACAUCCAGCAGCUGUUUAUUUGGAGCUCCUCACAGCGCAGAAAUAGCAGCGAGCUUGAAGAGGAUUUUUUGGGUCCUUUUAAUUUCCAAACAUGAGCGAAGGAAACUGGACUCUGCUGGACAGUUUGUUCUUCCCGCCGCUCUGCGAUGGCUGGACCAACAACACCGAAGGGGCCAUCUACCACCUGGGCAACACCUUCCUGUUCCUGGGCUACAUGGGGGGCAGCGGCGCCUACGGGUGCCUCUUCAUCUUCGGCUUCCUGUCACCGGCAUUCCUCUGCCUCGCCCUCUGGGGCUUGUUGACCAUGUGCGGCCUGGACGUCCUCACCUGGAACCUGAUCCUGCUGCUGGCUGCCCUCCUGCAGAUCUGCCACCUGCUGUUCCGGCUGCACCAGGAGGGGAUCCACAGCGAGGAGCUCACCGCCCUCUACCAGGCCGUCUACCUGCCGCUGGGCGUCCCCGUCCAGGUGUUCAAGGAGAUCUCUGGCGCCUUCGAGAACAAAGUGGUGGAGCUGAAGGCCGGAGAGACGUAUGCCGUGGAGGGGAAGACGCCCAUCGACCAGCUCGCCUUUCUGCUGUCCGGCAGGAUAAACGUGUCUCUGGAGGGUCAGUUCCUGCACUACAUCCACAGACACCAGUUCCUCGACUCCCCUGAGUGGGAAUCUCUGCGACCCAACGAGGAGGGGAAGUUCCAGGUGACCCUGACGGCGGAGGAAGACUCCCGCUACGUCUCGUGGCGUCGCCGUCGCCUCUACAUGCUGAUAUCGAAGGAACGCUACAUCGCCCGCCUCUUUUCCGUCAUGCUGGGAUACGACAUCGCCGAGAAGCUCUACAACCUCAACAACAAGCUCUACAUCAAGAGCGGUGUCCUGCUGGACAUCCGCCUGCCCAGCCUCUACCACGUCCUGGCACCGUCCUCUCAGGGCAGCGAGGGCGGCAGCGAUGGCGGCGGCCUCCCCAGGGAACAGCGGGGCCAUGAACCGGCACCGGCCUACCAGACGUCCGAUCCAGGCCAGUCCGAACCCCUACAGACGCCCCCACACGGACCGGGAAAGACGGCCCUGGACGAACCCCUGCAGGCCCCCCAGCAGCGCUACCAGCACCCCUGGGCAACGGAGCCGGAGCUGCCCUCUGGUGAGGACUCCACCAGCCUGGUCCUGGAGGACUUUGCCGAUGUGGCGGGCUCCUUAACGGACUAUGGCAGUGAGAGGGAUUAUUUGAGGUAGAGGGUGCAGGGUUCUGGAGCUAACACACUGGGUCACCAUUAAGCUACAUAAUCUGACGAUGAGGUGAAUCUUCCUCCUCGGUUCCAGAGGAUCAGAGCUCCGCUGGCUCCGACCGACACCCCGAAACUGUGAGAGCGAACUCUGGAAACUCCAAAUGAUCUGCAGCAUGAACGUGUCUCACAGCACCGCCUCAGUAAUCAGCGUUCUCCUUCCACAUCUGGAUGUUUUAUUCCAGCGUUUUCUGUUUUCUAACUGAGAUUCAAAGUCCCCAAAGCAGCGUUUAGGCCACGAAUGUCACAAAUCUGGAGGUUUAAUUUACAGAAUAAUCAACAGGAACCAAGAACUAGAUCACAUUUAACACCUGAAAUGUUAUUUUAUGAUUUAAAAGCUGAUUUAACGUGACUGAAACUUCAGAUUUGGUUUCCUGUUGAAGUUGAAAAUCUAAAUGUUUGGUUCAGAUUUUAUUUUCACGUUUUUAUGAGUGUAAACUUGAUUUUUGGUGUUUUUUUCACAAAUGACUUAAGUUUUAGACACACAUUUUCUGGAUCUGAAAGAAUUUUUUGUGGUUUUGAUGACAGAAAAUUGACACGAAUCCAUAAGAAGUUCUGAUGUAAAGAUUCAUUUUCACACUUUCACUCAAAUUCAAACACCAGUUAUUAAAAUGAUUUGAAAUUAUUGAUGUUUGAUGCGUUCACUGACAGAUUUUCACCGUUUUUGUACUGAGAUUUUUAUCUUUUACAGCCAAAAAUCAACUAAAUUGAAAUCUUUUCUGCAGUUUUUAAAUUACUAGACGUUAAAACAUUGUCAGAUUUCCACUUUCACGUUUAUUUUUCUGUCAUUUUAAAGAUGUUUUUUUCUUGAAGCCAAAUUCAUGUAAAGGAAGCCCGUUUCUUUCCAUUAAAUGCCUGUAGACCAUGUGUUUUUAUUUUUAUAACUAAUGGAGUGUUUCAUACACACGUGUAAACUGUGAAUCGUGUUGUUUGACGUCAGAAAAAUGAGGAAAUGUUUGUAAAAAAGUAUUUUCAUGGGGCCAAGUUUUCUCCAUAAAGAUCUUUGUGUGCAGUGGAA